AGUGGUAACCAGUUUACGUAAACCGGAUGUAGUAUUAAAAGACAGUCAUGGAAGAGAAUUUUUAUGUCAAAUUACGAUUAGCUUCGUAGAAAAUAAUAAAUACCAGAUGGCGCACAAUCCGUCAUUAGAUUCGGGUAUUCUUAGAAGAAACCCACAAGAAGACUUUGAACUGAUUCAGCGAGUUGGGAGUGGCACGUAUGGUGAUGUUUACAAGGCAAGAAAUUUCAGCACUGGGGAGAUGGCUGCCAUCAAGGUCAUCAAACUGGAACCAGGGGAUGACUUUGCUAUCAUACAACAGGAAAUUGUCAUGAUGAAGGACUGCAAGCAUCCAAAUAUUGUGGCUUACUUUGGAAGCUACUUGAGAAGAGAUAAGCUUUGGAUUGCUAUGGAGUACUGUGGAGGGGGUUCCAUGCAGGAUAUUUACCACAUAACUGGGCCUUUGACAGAACCACAGAUUGGAUUCAUCUGUAGGGAAACAUUAAAAGGACUGAUGUAUCUACACAACCGCGGGAAAAUGCAUCGUGACAUUAAGGGUGCUAAUAUUUUGUUAACAGAUGAAGGGGAUAUAAAAUUAGCCGACUUUGGUGUUUCUGCACAAAUAACUCAAACCAUGUGUAAAAGGAAGUCAUUUAUUGGAACUCCAUACUGGAUGGCUCCGGAAGUGGCAGCAGUGGAGAGGAAAGGCGGCUAUAACCAGCAGUGUGAUAUCUGGGCCGUGGGGAUCACAGCAAUAGAGUUCGCAGAAUUACAACCCCCCAUGUUUGAUCUUCAUCCCAUGAGGGCUCUGUUUUUGAUGUCUAAAAGUGGAUUUAAACCACCCCAAUUAAAGGACAAAAAUAAGUGGUCCCAGACUUUUCAACAUUUUAUAAAAGUGGCACUUACUAAAAACCCCAAGAAGAGGCCCACUGCUGAGAAACUGUUAGAGCAUCCCUAUGUACAGAUUGAAUAUCUGUCCAGAAAUUCAACACGAGAACUUUUAGAGAAAGCACACAACCCGUCGGCUGGAGAUUUUGAUUUCACAGAAGAUGAAGAUGGGGUAUUGCAAAAUGCUCCUCGAAGAAUUUCCUCUCAAAACUCGGCUCAAAAUAAUGCAACACGCAAUAGCCUAGAACUGCAAGUGAAUAACGUUCCAAGAGAUCAUGAUGGAGAUUUUAAAACAGCCAGUUCCUAUCUGGAAGACCCAGUUUCUGAGAUAUCUUCGAGCAGGAAGUACAAACCGGGCACAAUUUAUAUGUGUCUGUUGGAUUCUGUGAAUGAGGAACUCAUUCAGAGGGGCCAUGAAAACCGAAUGUCAAUCCCAGCAGAGGAUAUUCCACUAUCAGAACAAUCAACCUUACAGAUCAAACCACCGCCAAGAUUGCCAAAGCCAUUACCAGAUUUACCAAAAGAGGACAGGCCUGAAGAUGGAGGUAGUCCAAGGUUUGAUGAUAAUGGUCCAGAUCUAGAUGCCAUUUUGGACCGAGAGCUAACGUUAGUACCGGUCUCCAGUCAGCGCCAGGAAGCAGACGACAAGCCUCCAGAACUCCCACCGAAAAUCAGCAGACGUCAAAAUGGUGUGCUAGACCUCGGUACUGGAAGUGGCAGUAAUGUAACGGAGGAACCUCCUCCAACGGUACCUCGGAGGAAAGACAAGUCCAGUAUGAGUCUUCUAAGUUAUGAUCUGAGUAAACCAGAGAGGCCUGCGAGCAAUGGUCUCCCACCCACACCUAAAGUACACAUGGGAGCUUGUUUCUCUAAAGUUUUCAAUGGAUGCCCAUUACAGAUCAACUGUACGGCCAGCUGGGUGCAUCCAGACACCAGAGAUCAGCAUAUUCUUAUUGGUGCCAAUGAGGGACUGUAUACUUUGAACCUUAAUGAAAUACACGAAUCCAGUCUGGAACUGCUUCAUGCACGGAGGUGUAUAUGGGUGUAUGUGAUAAAAGAUGUUCUCAUGACUCUAUCAGGAAAAACAACCUGUUUGUUCAGACAUGACCUGAAAAUGCUUCAUAGUAAGCAAGCCAACAGACUGUCUCUACCCAUGAACAAGAUCCCCGAGAAAUUAAUUCCAAGGAAAUUUAAUCACACUACAAAGGUUCCGGACACAAAGGGAUGCAGUCGCUGCUGUGUGGGGAGGAACCCGUACAAUGGCUACCGCUACCUGUGUGGUUCCUUACCCCACGGCAUUAUCCUUAUGCAGUGGUAUGACCCCCUCAACAAGUUCAUGCUUCUCAAGACAUUUGACUGGGACAAUAUGCCGGCCCAGCCAUCAGUGUUUGAAAUGUUUAUCUCCCCUGAACUGGAGUACCCCUUUGUCUGUAUGGGAGUCAGACAAAGCUCAACAGAGAUCAAUCAGUUAAAGUUUGACAUUAUCAACCUGAAUUCCAGCUCCCUGUGGUUUACUGAACAAAACGAUAAUGACAAUGAGCAGCUACUUCCUGUGGUGAAUGUUACCCAACUAGAGAAGGAAACCAUUCUAGUCUGUUAUGAUAGGUAUGUGAAGGUAGUGAAUAUUAAGGGGAAGUUGAAAUCAAGCAGGAAACAGUCUUCAGAGCUUCACUUUGAUUUCAAGGUGGAAUCUUUAGUGUGUUUACAAGAUAGUGUUUUGGCAUUUCAUAAGCAUGGAAUGCAAGGUCGAAGCUUUAAAGCCAAUGAAGUUACGCAAGAAAUAUGUGAUAGAACCAGAAAUUUCCGGUUACUGGGCUCAGACAGGGUUAUUUUACUCGAGAGUCGCCCAACAGACACCCCCAGUGCAGAAUCUAAUCUUUAUGUCUUAGCCGGCCAUGAAAACAACUUUUGAUUCAAAAGAAAUUUUGAUUCCAUGGUGAUACAUGCUGACUUAGAAGUGUCAUUUUCCGAGGGGAAAUUGCUACAUCUCCUUUGUUCCUUCAUUCAGAACAAAUUCAAACUCCAGAUGAAUCAGAUCAAUCAAUUCCUACAAAUGUUCCAAAAUUUGCUCACAUUACCAUCAGGGUUGAUUAUGUUGUUUUAACAUUUUUGAUGAACCAGUGCUGCACACCCAUGCUACAAUUCCACUGAAUUUCACAAGAGGGCUUUGAAGCAGUAUAUCCAUAGGUUUCUCCAAGCCUUGUUUUCUUCAUUACAAGCAACCCAAGAUAACCAGAAUUGUAAAUACAUGUAAUUUUUACAGAAACCAGAUUUAUUUACAUGAACCAACAGACAUCCUCAGUUUCAUAUCACAGUGGACUUAAUAUUUUCCACUUGUGUAUUUGUGAUUUUUUUCUUCUGUGUUUUACAAACAUUGAAUAUAAGUUCAACACAGGUUGAAGAAAUGUGCUGUAUUUAGUGCUUUUGGUAUCAUUUUACAUUUUAUUUUAUUUUUAAAUGUAAGUCUUAGAAUUGAAGUAUUCUAACUUCAACGCUGGUAAUGGAUAAUUUGUAUCUUAAAAUACAGCAUAAGGUAAACUUUCACCAUUUUGAAAACAGAAAGUCUGAUUGACAAAAUUUGAUGUAUUGAUUAGAAAUAACUGUACAAGCAGAGUUAAGAUGUAUGUCCUCGGACAUUGCCUGUUUUACUAGGUGGCUUUCGUUGUUUUGUGAUGUGAAUUCAGAAAUGUCAUAGCAUCUAUUGUUCAGCAUAUAUAUCUUGCUAAAACUUUACUGAUAUACAGUGAUAUGAAAUUUAAUAGACCAUUAUAAUAAAUUUUUAGAAAAAUACAAAGAUUCAACAGUAUUAAAAAAAAGUCUGUCUUUGUCAGACUUUGAAAUCCACAAUCUUCUGGCCUGGCUGAACACACAAAUGGUUACUGCAGUGUUUUUUUUCAUUUAACAGACAUGAAAUGUUUGCAAUUAACUCUGUAUGUACAUACAAGAAAUAUAUCAUAAUUAAGAAUUGUUUUGUGCAAUAUGUUUUGUAAAUGAGCAAAAGCCAUGUAUGAUAUAUUACUUUAGCUCUCUCUUUUAAAAUGUUUUAUGUUUUUAAAAUAGUAAGAAGUAUGGUGCCAAAUAUUUGAUGCAGCUUUUUGGCAUACUCAAUUUGUAAAAUAAUUGAUGGUAUUUGUUGGGCAUUAGCCAAAAAACAUAAUGAAAAUGUGAAAGUGUAGCAACAAGUUUUUGAAUUUGUUGAAUUUUGAUUUAUUUUCUCCCUUAAAUGUACAAGUAAUAUUGAUUAUAUUAUUUCAUACAACUGUUUUACAGAAGAUGAUCAUCUCAGAUAUAUUUAGGAAAAUUAUUUAACAGUGAAACAAUUUUUUAAUCUGUUAUACAUGGAAAUGAAAUCUGUAGCUCCAUGCAAUCAGAAAUUGUGAUACCUGUCUAUUAAUUACCCGAGGUUAAACAUUAGUAUUGACAUUCACCCAUCUAAGUAUUUUAAGUUAACCUUUGAUGAAUUGAAUAUCAUACCAUGACCAUUCAGUAUAUAUUAGUUACUAAUCUACAAGGCCAGUGAAGUUGUACAUUCCUGGGGGAUGGGCUGAUCAGACUUGAUGUCAAUAACACUUGAUAUCGAUUGAUAGGAGGUUAAUAUGCCACUGCACAUCUUAGGUUUUUUUUUAAAUAAUACACAGUACACCAUGCCACCCAGAAAUUUCUAAUGUAGAUAGAGAAGAAAAAUAUCAAUAAAAUUAUUGUGAAAUAUCAUGCAUACUCAAUAAAAUGGGUUUGUUUAAACACAAGGUUUUAUUGGGGGGGGGGGGGGGGGGGGUUGUUGUCAAAAAAUUAAGAAUUAUUUUUAAGAGUGUUGCUAAACUACUAUUCAAUAUAGAUUGUUGGAAGGGAAAAUAUUGCUUUGUUGCAUAAUUUGUUCAAUUUUGCAGGGUAAAAUUGUAGCAGUGUUGUAAUAUUUUUGAAAUGUUUUAAUUAAUGUUAAAGAAUUUUUUCAUAAUUUUAUUAAGGUAAAAGAGAUGAUUACGUCUUUCAAGAACAGUUUCGACAUUUUAAAAGAUAUAAAGGAAAACACAUAAUUUCAUUUUUCAGUUUCUUGGAAGUUCUGUCAGCAUAUUUUGUUAAAUCCCUGCCCCUCUCACGUUACGUUGGUGCUUAUUUUGAGCUUACUGAUUGUUUUUGUUUGUUUUCCACAUGCAGUAGAAUGACAUUUUGAUAACAGGUCACAAAUUUCAAACUAGCUGGCAGAGAUGCUUCAGUGCAGUGUUCAUACUGAUCGUCUUGUAACCGUUCUCAACAUGUUGUUUUGAUGGACAGUGCCAUUGGGAUAGAGAGUCCCUCUUGUUAAUGCGGGCUGGUCAUACAAACAAUGUUGUGCAUAUAGAAAGAAAGGCGCAUUGAAAUAAAUCAAUACCAUUUUUA